AGCUGGCUUAGGUUUACGUACGAUGAAGAGAAUAACCUCCGCGAUUCCUGCUUUGAUUCUACCUUUCUCUGGUAAUUCUCUUCCGUUUUCUUUCUCUAAACUGCCUGAUAAAGAUGUAUGUAAAUAUGGAAGCUUUGAACCUAAUGUGAUAUGCUAUAGUACAAUUAUUGAUGGAUUUAGUAAAGAGAAACGAAUGGAUAAGGCUUUGAUUAUCUUUCAAGAUAUGUUAGAUAAGAGAAUGGAGUCAAAUGUUGUUACUUUUAGUUCGUUAGUUAAUGGGUUUUGCAUCGUUGGCCAUUGGGAUGAAGCAAAACGAUUAUUAGCUGCCAUGGUUAACAAGGGGAUUUCUCCUGAUGCGUACGUCUUUAAUGCUCUUAUUGCUCCACUUUGCAGCAAGGAGGGGAAGUUAUCAAAGGCGAUUGAAAUUCUGGAACUGAUGAUUCGUACAGGCGUGAAACCAUUUGUCAUCACCUACAAUUCUUUAAUUCAUGGAUUUAAUCAUUCUGGGCGACGGGAAGAAGCAACAAGCUUGCUCAAUAGUACGAUGAAUGAAGGUGUCCAUCAUGAUGUGACUUUCAGUUCUUUAAUACAAGCUUUAUGCAAGGAAAAGAGGAUUGAAGAAGCCAUUACAAUGUUGGAACUGAUGAGUCAGAGAAAUGUAAAGCCGGACAUUGUCACCUAUAGUUGUUGAAUACAUGAUUUGUGCAGUUCAAAGAAAUGGACAGAAGCAACAAACUUGCUUGAUAGAAAGAUGAACGAAGGAAUCCAUCCUAAUGUGGUAACUUUCAAUUCUUUAAUUGAUGCUUUAUGCAAGGAAAAGAGAACAGAAGAAGCCAUUACCUUAUUGGAAGUAAUGGGUCAAAGAAAUGUAAAACCUGACAUUGUCACCUACAGUUGUUUAAUACAUAAAUUGUGUAAUUCAAAUAAAUGGACAGAAGCAACAAGCUUGCUCGGUAGGAUGAUGAAUGAAGGUGUCCAUCAUGAUGUUGCGACUUUCAUUUCUUAAUCGAUGCUUUAUGUGAGGAAAAGAGGAUUGAAGAAGCCAUUAUCAUGUUGGAAAUGAUGAGUCAGAGAAAUGUAAAACCCUACAUUGUCACCUUCAGUUGUUUAACACAUGGACGGUGCAAAUCAGGCCAAUGUGAAGAAGCAACAAGCUUGCUCAGUAAGAUGGUCAGUGAACAUAUUGUUCUUGAUAUUAAAACUUUUAACAUUUUGUUGGAUGCUGUUAGCAAACAUGCAACAAACGACAAAGCUCGUGAAGAACUGAAGGUAAUGGAUCAACAUGGUGUGAAGCCUAAUGGAUUUACUUACAGGACAAUUAUCAGAAUGUAUUGUGCGCUUGGUUAAAUGAACAAGGCAAAGGAUGUCUUUGAUUCAAUGGCAACCCAG